CCUACACCUCCCGUCGCCCCCCGCGGCCGCCCCGCCCGCCCCGCCAUGGCCUCCGCCGGCGGCGCCGAGCCGGAGCGGCCGCACGCGCACCCGCACCCGCACCCGCGGCCCUUCCUCAUCGGCGUCAGCGGCGGCACCGCCAGCGGCAAGUCCACAGUGUGCGAGAAGAUCAUGGAGCUGCUGGGGCAGAACGAGGUGGACCACCGGCAGCGGAAGGUCCUCAUCCUCAGCCAGGACAGCUUCUACAAGGUGCUGACCGCCGAGCAGCAGGCCAAGGCGCUGAAGGGGCAGUACAACUUCGACCACCCGGAUGCUUUUGAUAAUGACUUGAUGCAUACAACCCUGAAAAAUAUUGUUGAGGGCAAAACAGUUGAGGUACCGACCUACGACUUUGUGACCCAUUCUCGGCUUGCCGAGACGACGGUGGUCUAUCCCGCUGACGUUGUUCUCUUUGAGGGGAUCCUGGUUUUCUACAACCAAGACAUUCGGGACAUGUUCCACCUCCGGCUCUUUGUCGACACGGAUUCUGACGUCCGGCUGUCCCGCAGAGUUCUGCGCGAUAUGAAACGUGGGCGGGACCUCGAGCAGAUCCUUACCCAGUACACUACGUUCGUCAAGCCCGCCUUUGAGGAGUUCUGCUUACCGACCAAGAAGUAUGCGGAUGUGAUCAUCCCCCGAGGAGUUGACAACAUGGUUGCUAUAAACCUCAUAGUGCAGCACAUUCAAGACAUCCUAAAUGGAGACAUCUGCAAGUGGCAGCGAGGAGCAAUGAACGGACACGGUCGGACCUACAAGCGCCCGUUCCCUGAACAAACAGAGAGCAGCAGCGCGCUAGCGGCCGGCAAACGCUCCCACCUGGAGUCCAGCAGCCGUCCGCACUAACCCGUCAGAGCUGAAGGAUUUGCCUCUGGUCCAGACCAACACUGAAGACAACUUUGGGAAAGGACUUCAACAGCAUGGUGGGUGCAGUGCCCUGUAAAUCAUCCUAGCAGCGGAGGGGAGACCGGUGCGAGACGUCUCGCAGAGGGGAGCGUUGGCUCCUCUCCCCUCCAAAACCCCUCCCUUUCCUCCUGCGAUGUCAGAGUUGUGUUACUUGAUGAACUGGUUAAAGGCAGUGCUACUUGCCUUUUCUUAAUUUUCAAAAUGAGAUCUAAUGCUGAAGUCUCCCCUGAAAAUUAGGUGCUACCACAUGAUUAGCAAGAUACCCCAUUUCUCUGAUGAUGAUCUUCCUUAGCAGGAAAAUUAUCUGCCUGUUUUUUGGUUUGGGAUUUUUUUUUUUCCCCAAAAGAAAAAAGCCUCUCUAUCCAAGACUAGCUCACACCCUGUUAAUUUUAACAAGCAGGUGCAGUCCUUGCUCUCCUCCACCUCGUUGGCACCUUGAGUUCUGCAUUGCUGUCCUGCUGGCCAGCCUCCUUUUUAGCCUGUAGUAGCAUGUGGGGGCAGAAGGAUUGACUGCUAAAGGAAUCUCUCCCCUGAGACAGAGACAAAAUGGAGGCUGUGUGGGACAAAUGGGAACUGCAGUUCAUUGGGGAGGGGACAGGCCCAAGAAGUUGUGUGAUUCCAGUUCCCUAAUUUAUUCCUUUCUAAGCCUGUUAGCACUGCAUGGUAUUUUUUUUUUUUUUGUACCCAAAUAGUCUCCUUUUCUACAGUUACUGAAUGUGUGAGCUCCAACUGGAUUGAGUUGCUCAUGGAAACAGAAACCUGACCUUGUCAGUAUUAGUGUCUUUUAGGGCAUUUCUGUACUGCUGGUUGCAGAUUCUGCUGGGCAGAAUCCAUCCGCUUCCAGAGCUGGGAGGUAAGAUCAGCAAGGGGGAAAGCCGUGAACUGCGAGAGCCGCCUCCUGAUGGCACAAACAGCUCUGGACACGCUUCUGCCCUCAAACAGGGUCAAAGCACUUGCCUUGCACUCAGGCAGUUUAAACUCAAGAAUGUUGGGUUUUCUAGAGAGAGCAGACAAGCGGCUGGAAGCAUAAGCAGUGACAUCCCAGUUUCUGUAGCUUACCCCAGGUAAGUGAUACCGCAGCAACAUGACGUUUCUGGAAAAAAAUUCCAAAAUGAAGGGCCAGAUGGGCCUUUGAAAAAAUGUUCUUGUGGUAUCCUUCUUGAAUCUGGACAUCCAGCGUAAUUUUAAGAAGGGGAGGGAAUGAACUUUUAAAUAUUUGCUAGUUUUCUAAAACCAGGGUCUGGCUGUGGGUGUGUUACUUUGGCUAAUAAACAAACGACCGAACAGUGAGCAGAGAUGACCUUUUUAUAUAAUAUUUGUGCUACUUGCACUACACCAGCACAAAGGUACAGAAGGGAACGCUUCUGGAGCUGCUCUUACACUCAGCAGUCCUUUCUUCCCCUUAACUCACAAUUAUUAGCUUUAGUUCUGUAUUGGCUGAAGCUUUAGAGAAAAAAAAAACCACCCAACUUAAAAAAAUGCAGUCUGCGCUGCCACCCCUAUUUUUUUCAACACUGGAAAUCGUUAAAGGUUCGUUGUCUAUACGCGAUCUCCGCAGGUCAGUGGUACGCUUCUGUGCUGCUGAGGAGAAAGCCAUGCAUUUCGUAACUGCUGCUGGGUGCUGUUCAGCUCAGGGUGACAGAGUUAGCGUAUGAGCUACCGCACUGAAGCAUUAGCUAUUGGGGCUGAUUAAAGGAGGAGCAAAAUAGUCACUAAAACCUACUUUGAUUGACUGUGGUGUUUGAUCAUACCUUCCUCUGGGGGAGGAGGGAGCUAAAAGCAGCCUCGACUAGCAUGUGCUACAGCAGUAAAAACACCCUGGGCUGUCUACAACUGCUGUUCUUAGUCAGCUUUGGGCUGUAUUGCAAGAUCCUGCUGCUGCAGCCACAUGAAGAAAGAAAGAAAAAAAAUCACCUGUGGUGUAGUUACUGUAACCCUUGUUAUAUUAAAAAUUCCCUGCUGAGCAAUCCCAGUCCUUCGCUUGCACCUUCUCCUACCCUGUGAAUUCCUCUGCUGGUGCAAGCCAGGGCAUGGGCCGAGUUACAAGGUUUUUACCCUGAGCCCGUGUGUACAAGUUAGAGCAGGUUUCUUUGUCAGCAUGCUCAGUUCUACCUUGCUCAGAGUGCCUCUUCCGAUGAGACCUGAGGUGUAACCCUGCAGCCCAGUAAAUACAGUACGGCCAUUGCUGGUAACAGGCCACAGGCUUCACAUGACCACUGCAAGGCCAAAAGGACGCUUCUGGCUUUGGGCGACUUCUUGGCUGGCCUGAAGCUUUGUUUUAGCUUGUUUAGCUCUAACAGCAAUUUAAUGUCUGUUUUAUUUUUGCUUAGCUUCAUAAAAAUUCUGGUUAAGCCAAACGAUUAUACACAGAUCAUAGUAACAAGUCAUUAUUCUAUGGAGAAUGAGCUAUUUAUAAACUUAGCUUAAUGCUGUAAUGUAAUGAAAUAGGGAUGAGAGCAGAGCAUUGACAGUGGGGGCAAAUAAUGCAUUGUUGAGGAAUAUAGUCAUGGGAUUAUUCUGAAGACUGCAGGAGCUGGUAAAGCCCAGUUUUUAGCAGUAACAAAGAAAACAGAGAAGUAUCCAAUAGGUUGGACAGUAUUCAUUUACAGUAACUUGGCGUGACAGGGAAUUGCAGACCAAGAUGCUAGGGAACAUAUUAAAAAAAAAAAAAGUGCAAUGUAGUGCAAGAAGGAAGAAACCAUCAAUGCCAUACUCCCAGGAAGGAGCAAGAAGGACCUCUUGCAGCAUACUCUUCCCAGCAAAGUACCUGGGAUGCUGUCGACUGAAGUCGGCAACCUUCGGACCCUGAGGGGCCGUAGAAGGGUGAAUGUAACUGGGGUAGAGAUUGGGAAUUGUGCUCGUAACAGCUAUAUUACUGUUGAGACCUUUUUUGUAACAGUAUUCUUUUAUUUUCUUUUUCUGUGGUACUUCGAUCUGGACUACUAUCAGUUAUUUGAUCAGACUGUUAAGAUUUUGAUUAUACUGACAAUAAAUUCUUGGCUUUGCAUAAAAGGCA